AUGGGCAUAUGCUGCUGCCGUACAGUGAAUCAAAACUAUGCAAAUAUUCUUUUGAUGCUUUUACGUCUCCGUCAGGCUUGUGAUCACCCACUUCUUGUUAAAGAAUACAAUUCUGAUCCUGUUGGAAAAGAUUCUGUUGAAAUGGAAAAAAGGCUUCCAAAAGAGAUGCUGAUAAAUCUGUUUAAUAGUUUGGAAACAACUGCCGCUAUAUGUUUUGUCUGCAAUAGGCCAGAGAAUAAGCUUGGAGAUGAUGAAACGUGGGAUAGGGCUGAAAGUGCUCUCAAGGAGGCUUUGGAUGAGUUUGGCAAGCCAUGGCAGUUGAAUGAAGGGGAUGGUGCAUUCUAUGGACCAAAGAUAGAUAUCAGUGUAUCUGAUGCAUUGAGUAGGAAAUUCCAGUGUGCAACUCUACAGCUUGACUUCCAGCUUCCUGAUCGUUUUAGAGCACUACAAGGGUAA